AUGGCUCUCCCUCGUCACUCUCUGCGACUUCGCACUUGUACUGCCAACUUCAAGAACUUCAAGCCUUCUGGGAGCCUGCUUAUUAGCCGUCGCUUUACGACUAGAAACAGAGAUUUGUUCUAUCACGCUUAUUCUGUUAAGAUGAACGGACAUGGAGAUUUAAACAACUCCCACGCCGGGAGAACGGCGGUCGAAUUGACCCCGGACCCAGCUCACGCCUAUCGAUCCCUCGCCAUUGACCCUUCCGAUGACGUUUCUGAAAUCCAAGAGAAAUACCGCCCGUUUAUUCUUGAUGGCAAGUACAUUAAAGAUGAUUGGGUUGCAGAAUUGGAGCUGAGCACAGCUAUUCAAAUGGUUCAGUCCGAGAUUCUCGAUAGAGGCCUAGAUCGUCUCCGUAUCCUGGUCCUCUACGGUAGUCUACGGAGUCGAUCAUAUUCCCGCCUCCUCGCCUUCGAAGCCGCACGUAUCCUCCACCGUCUCGGCUGCGAUGUUCGAGUCUACAACCCCGCCGGCCUCCCUCAAAAAGACGAUGUUCAACACAAUCAUCCAAAGGUUCAAGAGCUUCGAGAGCUGAGCAAAUGGAGUGACGGCCAUGUUUGGAUAAGCCCCGAACAACAUGGUAACUUGACUGGCAUCUUCAAACAGCAAAUAGACUGGAUACCCCUCUCAACUGGCUCCGUCCGCCCAACCCAAGGCCGAACCCUCGCCAUCGCCCAAGUCAGCGGCGGCUCGCAAUCCUUUAACGCCGUCAACUCUCUACGUAUUCUCGGGCGAUGGAUGAGAAUGUUUACGAUACCGAAUCAGAGUUCUGUGCCAAAGGCGUAUACACAGUUUACAUCUGAGGAUGAGGGGAGUCGUAUGCUGCCGAGUGGAAAUCGUGAUCGCCUUGUCGAUUGUAUGGAGGAGUUGGUGAAGUAUACUAUUGUUAUGAGGCCGCAUUUUAACCUCUUUGGGGAUCGGUAUAGUGAGAGGGAGGAGAGGAGGGCAAAAGAGGAUAAGGAAAAAGUCAAAUAGAGAUAAAAAUACUAUACAUGUUCGAGGAAUAGAUCGAUUGGACUGUUCUCCGAUGAGAAGACGAAUAUAAAUACAUCGUGCUGGGUUCGAGUCAUUGAC